UAUGUUUUGUUUUCUUCCCAGUGUCUCAGUGAUGGAUGCACGACCCGCUGGCUGCCUCUUCUCCAGGAAUAUGGACGGCAGCAGCAGUGAGCGGUGGUCCCAGCAGCUGACGGAGAGCUCGCAGGACUUCUCCACGUGGCUGGGAGCUUCUCAAGAGCCGCAGCGAUCCGUGGGUGUGUCUGGCGUAACUGUGGUGAGGCCGACCGCUGUGAGUUGGAGCCACGCAGCAAUGGCUCGUGGUGGCGGGGCUCGACUGCCGCCAACACAGCCAUCGCUACAGCAGCCCGCCUUCCUGACUGACCCCGCGAUAUCACUCUAGCACGGGACAUUAGGGUCGGGCUGCACACUAUUCUCUCCGUGAUGAGCAACGUGCCGGAGCAGCUAAGGGAGGUCGGGGCGGAGAUGGGCAGGGUCGUGCAGUGCCACCAACAAGAGGAGCAGCGCGGGUCCUUCCACCACGAGGAGACCCGCAAGGUGAUCAAGGACACCGGUGACACCCUCCACGCUCUCCUGACGGGGCUGCAGGAGGCUGUCACUCACCUCAGGGAAGGGCAGGACCAGGGCGCCUCACUACAGAAGGAGGCGAUGAAGAAGCAGGGGCAGGAGGCCGAGGACGAGGAGGAGCAACGGGCACAACGGGAGCGGGGGCGGCUGCAGGAGGCGCUGACGGAGACCAAGAAGGAAUUGAGGCGGCAGGCGCGGAGGCUGAAGGUGGCGGCGACGGGGAGGACAGCUAGCGUGGAGAGGUCACUGGAGGAGCUUCAGGAGGGCGUGGUCAAGAUGCGUGCUACCCUGGAGGAGGUGAGGGGCUUGGUGGCGCCCAUGUCGGAGAGGGAAGGCGACAGUGGUGGCUGCAGUGCUCCUUUGGCUGCCUCGUCCCUUCGUCAGGUUGUUGACUCUACUAGGACUGGUUUGGAUGAGGUGCUGGCGUCGGUCAGGGGCGUCGAUCAGCUCCUCUCCGGGUUGUCCUCCCACCUUUCAACGGACAUCAGCCAGGCUGUGCGAGAGGCCCUCCAGCACCACUUCAUAGUCCAGCGAGCCAACAGUACCGGUGGCGCCUCCUGCAGCAGUCACCUGAACGCGUCCAUCUCCAUCAGCCCCAACCAGAGGACAUUCUCAGCACACCGACUCCGCCCCGUCCUGCCGCUCAAUGAGAGUUUCAGCUUGUGCCAAACAUCUCCCGUGGCUCACGUGUCGCCCAUCACGCAGGCUUCCCCCAUCACCCACACCACCGCAACCAUCACCACCACCGCCACACACCAGCCCAUCACCACCACCCGCGACUCUCUCCACCACCAUCACCACCACCGCCAUCACGCGGCAGAGGAGAUGCCCACAAGUGGUUCUAUGCAGCAUCUUCAGCCUGCUCCACCUCCACCACACUCCACAGCUAGGAACCACAGCAAACCACAGCCAGUCAGCGUGAAAGUAGGGCAGCCACAACGUGUAGACAGCAACAAAGCACCACCGCCACAGCGUCCACAGCAGAUGAACCCACAGCACCCAACCUCAAGACCUUCACAGUCACAGCAGCUGAAUACCACAGCACUCCGCCCACAGCAGUCAAGCGCCAGACACUCACACACACAGCAUUUUAACCAACGGGUAUCACAUCCACAGCAUUUAAGUUCCAGACCAUCCAUUCCACAGCAAACACAGCCUAGACUUCCUCGCCCACAGCAAAUACAAGCCAGGCCUCCUCAGCCAGCACAGCGCCACCCACAACUAAAACCAAAGUCACAGCUUCCACAGCAAGGCAUCAUCAGGACACCUAAACCACAGCAAGGCAAUACAGACACACACAGCUCACAGCGUAUCACUGUUAGAGUUGCAAACGUACAGAAAGCUGGCCCUUCAAAAACAGGACCUUCACAGCAAACACAGCAACCAAGAUCAGUGAAUAACGAAGCUUACUCGACUAGCCAGCCUUCACAGCACCCACAGCCCUCUUCACAGCCACUACGCGGUGUCUGCAAGCAAUGUCCUCCCUCACAGCAGAACAGCAAACCAGUCUCCACACAGCACUACCCGAAUCUAAGACCAAGACCGAGACCACAGCAAUACACAAUAGCUAAACCUCGGCAGACACAGCAGACGAGAACUAGACGGCCACAAUCGCCUCUCCCACAGCAAAACAGUGUAAAGAAGGCUCCACAGCAACACAAACACCUACAACCAAAGGAUAAUAAUCUCAGAAAGGUCCCACAGCAUCACCAUAAUCAUCCACCACCACCAUCACCACCACCACAGCAUCAAAAUAUCCAAAAGACCCCACAUCAUCAACAUAAUCACCUACCACAGCAAUAUAACAAUCUCAAAAAGAUUCCAGAGCAUCAGUACAGCACCACACCACUAACGCAGCAUUCACAGCACCACCAACAUAACCCAACACGCGUAGAGCCACAGCACAGCAAAGUCAGGGUCACCACAGUGCGACAGACGAGCCCUCCACAGCAGCGCACCUCAAACUAUCACACUAGAUCAACACAGCAAUGCAUCACCAACUCCCCAUUCACACAGCAAGACCUCAGCACACCUCACCACAGCACUCUAAUGACCAGCACUCCGAAGGUCACGUCUCAGCCACAGCCGCAGACCAUAGCAUGGAACCAGUACCCCUCCCUGAGUCACAGCACCCCAGGACAGUGGUCACAACAGGGGGAUGAAUUCACUGCUGAGGAUAUACUGGUAGAUCAUGAGGAGAUUGUAACAACGAGUUUUGAUGAAGGGAGACCUGACACAGAGGAGGCGGAGGUAGAGGAAGCUGAGGAGGCAGAGAGCAAUAAUACAAGCAAUGAAGUCUGUAGGCAGUGUAACCCCGCGAAGCCCUCUGGUAGCGGUGGUGGGGUGGAGCGUCAGGGUGGUGGCGAGGGGACAGAGGGAGGGGUAGCAGGUGGAGGUCAGGAUUGCUUCUCCUCUGCAAGCUGUGAAUGGGAAUGGACAAGUACCCAGCGCUUCACCCCGCAGAACGCUAGUGGUGGUGAUGGUAAGCAUGUUUUGGACUACGACACCACGAGCUCUGAGGACUCUCCCAUCAUGACCCCGAGGAACACACUGGCCUCCCUGCACUCCUCACUGCCAUCACCACCACCCCCUGCAGCGCCGUUCUCAGCACCGGUGAAGCAGCGACAGACAACACGCACCGCCCUUCAGACAAUCACCGGAGCCGCACACACCAUCCCGAGACACGGACCAGUUGCUUCGGAGCCUCGAACAGUGGCCGUGGCUGCUGUGGCGCCAUCUGCACCUCUCCCUGGACCAGAAGUCACGCCUAGAGGUUACACAACACCAUGGCGGGUCGUGGUAUCCUCUGCCUUACGUGGAUUGAAAGCUGCAGCCACGAACACCGGAACCCAAACAACUAGGGCGGUUUUCAAGGAUAGCUUCACCUCCGCUCCAACAACAGGUAUGAAGAGGAGGUAUUUGGAGGAGAGGGAGGGGAAGGAACAGCAAGAGGGGUCUUGUGUGAGGACGAAGCGUUUCCUUAUGUCCUUCUCCACCCCUGCUCCUCGCCUGGUUCUCACGAGUUCCAGCAAGGGACGACUGCGUGCUAACCUGGCUGAUAUUGUGUAGUGGUGAGUGUUGGUGCGUGGGUGUGCGUGUGUGUGGGGCUAUGGUGUGUGGUGGUGAUAUUAUUUUCUUUUUCUCUUUCCUCUCUCUCGUUCUCAAUCUUUCCUCUCUUUGUCUCCCUCUUUCUCCCUCCCUCCCUCCCUCUCUCUCUCCGUCUCUCCCCCUCUCUCUCUCUCUCUCUCUCUCUCCGUCUCUCCCCUUCUCUCUCUCUCUCUCUCCGUCUCUCCCCCCCUUCUCUCUCUCUCUCUGUUUUGUAAGGAUGUAUUUAUUUAUGAUGACUGUACGGAGUGGAUGCCUUACCUAAAUUACCCUUCAUUAUAGGCUAGGUGUACGUACAGGUGGAUUGUACGUAUUGCUACUACUGUUAACGUCAUUUUCAUUUACCUGUUCAGUUCACAAUUUGUCAUUUUUCCACGGCAAUUAUUUUUUUCCAUUUGUCUUUGUAUAGUUUAGUGCUUUAUUAGUUCUCACUUGUACAAUCUUGGGAUAAGUUUGAUUUAUUUUGUGUGAUUUAAUUUGAUUUGCUGACUAAAAUGACCUCGCUAGUUUGAAGGAGGGGGAGGAUUUAAUUUGAUUUUCUGACUAAAAUGACCUCGCUAGUUUGGAGGAGGAGGUGGUAAUUGGUAUGUUGUAUAGCUUUCUAUUGCCCCACUGGAAGCAUAACUGUAGUGGUGGUAAUGGUUAGUUCAUAAAAAACAGGCAUUUUCUUUUUAGUUUAUUUGUUUUACAAUCGGAAUAAAUAUUUUCGUUUA